AUGAAUAUGUUGGAUGAUGAAGAUGACCAAAGCUUUCACGCUACGCGUGACGGCUACUCCCAUUUGAGUGUUGUCGAAUGGGAUGCGGUUGAACGGACGGGUACAACCAUGGGAUUCCAUGCUGUUAGCGUCAUGCUAGAGGCUCUCAAUAGAGAUGCCCAACAUGCUACUAUCGCCAAGUUCAUUCAAAAUGAACUUGACACAGAACGCGAGAAAGUAGCCUUGCUUCACCAACAAGGUUCUCAACAAUCAGAGUUGUUGAGAGAACAGGGUGCUCAGCAGUUUGAGCUGUUCAGACAGCAGCAGGCUGCUGCUGGUGGGUCGAUGCACUCGCGUCGACCCGAGACCUUGAAGAUUGACAUCUCCAAGGCGCGUCGCAUCGACGACGGGGAUAUGCAAGUUGCAUUUGCCCAGUCAAAUCCGGCCGGACGUGCCAAGACUUGGGCACUGGGGCUCAAGUUGCACGACCCAUAUGCGUUUGGGUCGUUAGGAGUCUUCAAGUCGCGGCUCAGAAAAACGUUUGAACCGCCUAGAGCUGAGUUCAGAGCUCGAACUGAACUCUUGAAGCUCAAGCAAGGGUCUUGCGAUGGUCCCUUCAAGACUCACCUGUUCCGACUUGAACUAGAUUCACUAGAACAAGCCAUUUCCAUUGCGGAACAGAAAGACUUCAGUCUGGGACAGGCUUGCGCCAGCUCGACAUCGUAUCGUCAACCGAGACGAUAUGACAGCGGAAGUCCAGAGCCGAUGGAACUCGGUUAUGUAGAGAGCGAGAAGGCUCGCUCUACAGACUACAAGAAGUUUCAGAAAUGCAACAGAUGUCAGAAGACAGGACACUACGCUUACGAGUGUAGUGCCCCUCGUCCAGUGUCUCGCAACACUGGGCGUAGUGACCGUCCACCCAUGAGAAAGGGGCAGGGACGAGGGUCCGCAGUUGGUGCGAAGACGCAACAACGGGAUGGACCGUCAAAAAACGGACAGGUUUAG